CAAUACUGUGAGCCGACUCAGGAAAACGACUCGUUUUUGGCAACGCUGUGUUCCGAGUGAGAAUCGACUCCCUACCGCGUGCACGGGUGGGACGUUAGCUCUCCGUGAACUGUAAGACCAACCACAAGCCAAAAGACAAGAGAAUCUGCAGGACCGACUCGCUGCGCCUUCUCUUCCUCCAGCUGCAGCGUCCCGGAGCGCAGGCAGAGCACCGGAGUAGAUGGCGGAGAUGCCGAUUUUUCACCGCGUCACGACACCGAGCCGAGCGCCGGCGCGUGUCUGAGACAGCCGCGGUGCGCACGAGCGCGACCGUUACGGAUUCAAACCGUCGAACACCUAGCCGGGGCACGCGCGCACGCUAAUAACGGUCCCCUGAUCCCCUCUUUCUCUCUCUCUUUCUCUCUCCUCAGCGUUAGUGCUGUAUUAUUUUCUCUCAGUUUAUAUUUAUUGCGCUCUUGAUAUCUUUAUACGAAGAGAAAACGUUGUUUAUUUUGUUUAUUAUUUGGUACUGAUGCAGCGCUCGCGCUCAUCCUCAGCGUUAUAACCUUCACGUUUGCGUCAAUGACGGAGAAUAGAGGCAGCUCGGGGUGUUAACAGGGUAUUUUCGGGUUGGUUUUCCCCGGAGUUUGUGGUCGCUAUUGCGUGGUAUCGAGUGCUAUUUAACGGAGGGAUGAGAGGAGGACUAGAGGAGGAGGACACGACACAUUCCCAGGUACUCGGUAGGAUUGACUCGGAGCAGCUGCAGGUGUCGAGGUUUUGACCGUAAGUCAGUGGGCUGAUAUUUAUUUUUGACUUGCUUGCACGUUAAAAAAAAAAAAUUACUACUAAUAAAGAAGAACAUGGCUUCUGGAGCUGCAAGCCUGGCCGCCUCCAUCGCCAGCAAAACCAAAACGAAGAAGAAGCACUUCAUGGCGCAGAAGAAGAAGCUUUUCCGCUCCAGCGACCCUCUUCUCAGCGUGCUCAUGUGGGGAGUCAACCACUCGAUAAACAACCUCAGUCACAUUCAGAUCCCUGUAAUGCUGAUGCCUGAUGAUUUCAAAGCCAACUCCAAGAUCAAAGUGGACAAUCACCUCUUCAACAAAGAGAAUAUGCCAAGCCAUUUCAAGUUUAAAGAGUACUGUCCUCUUGUCUUCCGGAAUCUGAGGGAGAGGUUUUCCAUCGAUGAUCAGGAAUAUCAGAACUCCCUGAUACGAAGCGCGCCGAUCACGAGCGACGCUCAGGGCCGCAGCGGCGCACGCUUUCACACCUCCUACAACAAGAAGUACGUCAUCAAGAUCAUCACCAGCGAAGAUGUGGCUGAAAUGCACAACAUCCUGAAGAAGUAUCAUCAGUAUAUAGUGGAGUGCCAUGGCAACACACUUCUGCCUCAGUUCCUGGGAAUGUACCGCCUCACGGUGGACGGAGACGAAACCUACAUGAUCGUCACACGCAACGUUUUUAGCCACCGACUACCUGUGCACAAAAAAUACGACCUGAAGGGAUCCACAGUUUCCAGAGAGGCCAGUGACAAAGAGAAGCCACGCCCACCUGAAGACGGCGCUCCAGCCAAAUCCCGCAUGAGCCAAAAGCUCCAAACCAUCCGGAUCGCCACACGUUUUUACUGCGCCAUCAGACACACUAAAGAGCUCCCAACGUACAAAGAUAAUGACUUCAUCAAUGAUGGACAGAAGAUCUAUAUAGACGAAGAGAACAAAAAGAUAUUCCUGGAGAAGAUGAAGAAUGAUGUGGAGUUUUUAGCCCAGCUGAAGCUCAUGGACUACAGCCUGCUUGUCGGGCUCCAUGACGUGGAACGAGGAGAGCAGGAGCAGCCGGAGGAAGAGAUCGAGGAGAACGAAGGAGGAGAGGAGGAGGGAGCCGAGAGCGAUGGAGGAGUGACCGGGUCACCCCCCGAGAGUCCCAGCAACACACUCGAGAGCAACAAGCCACUAGGGCCGGGAGAGUUCGAUCCCAACGUGGACGUCUACGCCAUACGCAGUCACGAGAACGCACCCAAAAAAGAGGUGUAUUUUAUGGCAGUAAUUGACAUCCUGACACCAUAUGAUGCUAAGAAGAAAGCAGCACAUGCAGCUAAGACAGUGAAGCAUGGGGCUGGAGCUGAAAUCUCUACAGUAAAUCCGGAGCAAUAUUCCAAACGGUUUUACGACUUCAUCACCACCAUUCUGUCCUAAUCAGGUCAGAGGUCAGUCUCAGGACCUUGAGCUCAAGCCUCCGAGCUACUAAGAGGCUUUUAUUGGGAUCCAUGGACAUUUCUCAGACCUGUCUGUUUACAGUUUUUUUGUUUUUUUCAUCUGUUUUUUUAACAUAAAUUAAUAAAUGGGUUUAUGGCUAUGGAUGGACAAACAUAUAGUUCUGCAUUAUACCGUGUUGUAUAUCUGUAUUAGAUAUUGUUCAUUGGGGUGUUGAGUGAUGCUGUUGUGUGUUUAUUGUAUGGAAACCUCAAAGCUGCUUUUUUUUUUUUUUUUUUUUUUUUUUUUUUUUAAUUCUGUCUUACUGCAAGAAGACAUCAGACCAGGAUUUUUUCCUGAGUCAGGGUUAAGCAUUGUUUUGGAUCAAGGCUGCUUUCACACUUUAUUCACCCUGUUACUAUGGCAACGCUCCAAGCUAGUUUCCCAUAGCUUGUUUGUUGAAUUAAGUACUUUAUAAUGCAGAUGACAAAGUUUUUUGGCGAUUUGAGAAAUUGAUGUGUGCAACAUGACUUUGUGCAGCCAGAGACAAAGUCACAUUGUGUUCUGUUGAACAUCCCAAAAACAGACGAAGCUAUUUUUAGUUACGUUGCACCAUUUGGCAAAGAAAUGUUUUUUAUAGUCAGCAUGUUGUAAAUAUCUAUUUUUGCUCUGCAGCUAUGUUCCGAAAUGUCACACGGGCAGUUUUACAAGUGUGAAAGCAGCCUGAAGAGAUUUUUCAGUCAGGGAUUCCCCAUUAAAAGCACAAAUUAUUAUCUGUCAGUGAAAAUACCUGUUUACGGUACCUGUAGAAGGCUAUAACUGCUAUUACAGUUAUAACCCCAUUGUGGAUUGUUUUAAAUCUUCUACUAAACACAUGUAACCUUUAACCUUUUAGAUAAAGAAUUACCGAGAUCGUCUAUUUAGAUUCACCGCUGGCUGGAGAGUUUACUGUAAAGAGAAGAAAACCUAAAAAAGUUGUUUGCACAUAAUCUGAUGCAGGAGUUCUGAACCCCUUUCGCACACAGUUUGAAGUAUGAUCCAGCCGCACAGUCAAUUAGAAACCUCCUGUAAAGUUAGAGCAGGAAAGAAAACCUGAGACUGUUCACGGCUGGAUUUAAGAACCACUGAUCUAAUGCACCAAAAUAUUUAUGCAAAUGAUGCCAAUUACAUCGCUGAUUGCGUGUUAUGCAAUUAGUAGUGAGACUGUAGUGGGAUCUUCAAAGAAAACUCCACCCUGAAGCACAUAUAUGCUUCUAUUGAAAUAUGUGUUCUGUGACUCUGUUGCUAAUUUGUUAGGCGAUGCCUUUGGAGAUCUCAGAAACAACAGGCAGCUUUUUCGUUUGGGUCACACACACGUGAUUAUUAAUCCAUCCAACGUUAAUAAGUGUUGCGAAGACGUUACAGCAGACUCGGCAGAGAGAGCUAGACAGGAUAAAGGAUUAAAGCGCUGCUGCAUUGCCGUCUUUAGGAAUCCCCCUAGACUAUUAUCAGCAUGGCAUUGUGGGAAAUCACAGAUCAACACGUCAACAAGUUUAAACCAAACAAAAACGUGUAAAAGAAAUCGAUCUGAAAAUCCUGUUAUUUAUUCAGAUUAUUAUGCAACACAUUCAGGGUGGAUUUUUCCUUCAAGCCGUGUUUAAAUUUUGAGUGAAUUAGAUCAUAGGAUUAGAGAUUAUUAUUAUAAUUAUUACUGUAUUAGCACAUUAGGCUGUUUCUAUUCUUGGAGAAAGUUUUUGUGUUUUUAAUUAACAGUAAAACAAUUCUAUCAAACAAUUUGCCUAUAUUAUUUCCUUUCGGCAUAUGCAGCAAAAACAGGCCGUUCUUCCAGUAGGACAUUUUUAUGUUUUGGCGUUUAGCAUUUAAGCUGCACUGUAAACUAAGAAACAAACAAAAACAAAACCUUGUGAAAACGAUUGGUACACCUCUCCGUCUCGCUGUCGGUGUUCCUCUUCUCAUACCUGUAACUCUGUACAUUAGUAUUAUAUAAAGACGUAGUCCCAGCUGUAUGUUUUACUUCUUCCAGGAUACUAUUCUCACCCUAAUGCAGAUCAUCUGCUCACAUUAUCACUAUAUACACUGUGCGAGAGCGUGCCUUUUAAACUCGGAAUCGUUUCAUUUUGUAUUCAAAUGUUUGUUUGUUUUUUUGUUGUUUAUUUGUUUGUUUUUAAACGAAAGUUUGCAGACGUUAUUUUCUACCGAGGGACGGCUGAUUUUUGGGCGAAUCUCAAGGCGCUUUUGCUCUUUUCCUGUGAUGUGUAAAUAUAUCCAGUGUAAAAUAUUUAGAUCUUUUAACUGAACGCUGCCAAACGUAUAAGAGUUCAGAGUCGAUCCAGCAGUCGUGUUUCAGUGUUUGAUAUCGAUGUUUGUUGUGCAGCUUUCGAAAGAGAUUUUUGAAAAUAUUCUCAGUACAGUGCUGGUCUCUUUUCAGUGUGUAUAACUGUCAGUGAAUCCGAUUUAUUACUUCGAAAUGAACGACUAUAAGCCAUGCUGUUCGAUUUCUAACGCAGAACUUUUUAAUCCUGAAAGCUACUGACUUUGAACCUCGUUAUUGUCCUGCUGUCGCCUGAUGCCCCUCGCUACGAUUCGAACCAAAUCACCGCACAGGCAAAUUGAUCUGUUCAGAAACCUUCUCAUGAAAAACGUACCUACUAUUCACCAGUCUGUGAUUGUAACAAGUGUCAAAGGAAAGAUCUGAACACGUUUGUGAAUGUAAAAGAGAUCAAAAGGACAAACCCCUUUAAGAGAAAUGCUGUGAAAGACACACGGUGUGACAGGAGCAGACGUCUACCUGAUUGUCAUCGCUGUUGUGAAUCCUGUCAUAACUGUGUGCAGUUUUUUUUCGUGUGUGUGUCUGAGCAAUGUUUUGAAGGCACCUCAAAAUCAGCAUCGCUUAAUAAAAUGAUGCUUUACUCAA